AUGCCUCGUUUUGACCCGCCUAGGCAUGACCGUGGUGAAACCAUUAGAAGCGCUUUGAAUCUUGGUGUGAGUGUUAAAAUGAUCACAGGAACCAACAUGUACCCACCAUCCGCUUUGCUUGGGGAUGAGUCUAUAGUUGCUUUACCUGUUGAUGAUCUCAUAGAGAAAGCUGAUGCUGGUAUUAUCUUUGUGACUCGAUCGCGAAGCUGGUCUUUUGUGGAACAUCCCGGGAUGUGGCUUGUGUUUGCCUUUAUCCUCGCUCAGUUGGUGGCUACUCUAAUCGCAAGUCUAUGCAAAUUGGAGCUUUGCUGCGAUAGAAGGAAUCGGUUGGGGAUGGGCUGGCUUUAUAACAUCACAUUCUAUAUCCCUCUUGAUUUCAUCAAGCUCUUCAUCCGCUACGCUCUUAGUGGCAGAGUUUGGGUCUUGUCAUCGAACAAAGGAUUGCUUUCACAAGGCAAAAGGAUUUCGGGAAAGAACAAAGAGAGCUGCAAUGGGCGCACGCACAAAGAACGCUCCACGGGCUACAAUCACCAGAUACUAAGAUGUUCACAUAUUGAACCCAUUUCAACGAACUUAACCAAAUGGCUGAAGAAGCCAAGAGGAGAGCCCAAAUCGCUAGGUUGCGGGAACUUCACACGCUCAAGGGCCAUAUUGAAUCGGUGGUGA